GGUCUGUGCUAAAACCUCCUUCCAUUGACGAAAGGAAGAAAGCAGAUGGCUGCAACUGCUCCUUCUAACCAAACUUGGGAUUUUAGCUGCAAAUUGGAUGUGAAUUUCGAAUCAGAAGAACAUGCUUUCAUUGUAUACACAACGUUAGAUGUUGAUAAAGAGCUGCAGCCUGAUAAAGUGAGAAGAGUUAUGUCAAUAUCAAACAACAAACUUUCUGUGCACUUUGAGGCAUUAGAGGCGAGGUUUCUCCGAGCAUCCUUCUCUGCAUUUGUAGACGUUCUUACGCUCGCCACUAAAACGAUUCAAGAUUUCGGGCACAAGUAAAACACACGUGUGAAACAACAACUUUCAUUCUUUCUUAUUUCCUGCAACAGUUCAUUAUGGCGGUGACUAAUUAAUCUGAGAAGUGAGAAAAAGAUGAUUACUUUUUUUUUUUGUCAACGAGAAACAGAUGAUUACGG